CCGGGCAGCCCCGCCGCGGGUGCAGCGUCGCCAGCCCCCUGCCCGGGCCAGGCCGGGCCGAGCGGCCGGCGGGGAGAUGAGCUUCUUCGGCUUCGGGCAGAGCGCCGAGGUGGAGAUUCUGCUGAGCGAUGCCGAGAGCAGGAAGCGGGCGGAGCACAAGACCGAGGAUGGCAAGAAGGAGAAGUAUUUCCUAUUUUACGACGGAGAGACGGUCUCCGGGAAGGUGAGCCUCGCGCUCAAGAACCCCAACAAGCGGCUGGAGCACCAGGGGAUCAAGAUCGAGUUCAUCGGGCAGAUUGAGCUCUACUAUGAUCGAGGGAACCACCACGAGUUUGUGUCAUUGGUGAAGGACCUAGCCCGGCCUGGUGAGUUCACACAGUCCCAGACCUUCGACUUUGAGUUCACCCAUGUGGAAAAGCCCUACGAAUCUUACACAGGACAGAAUGUGAAGCUAAGGUAUUUCCUCAGAGCCACCAUUAGCCGCCGACUCAAUGAUGUUGUCAAGGAGAUGGACAUUGUGGUCCAUACACUUAGUACAUAUCCAGAGCUCAAUUCAUCAAUCAAAAUGGAGGUUGGGAUUGAGGACUGUCUGCACAUCGAAUUUGAGUACAAUAAAUCCAAGUAUCACUUGAAAGAUGUGAUUGUGGGGAAAAUCUACUUCCUGUUAGUGAGGAUCAAAAUCAAACACAUGGAGAUUGAUAUCAUCAAGAGGGAGACAACGGGGACAGGCCCUAAUGUUUACCAUGAGAAUGAUACAAUAGCCAAGUAUGAGAUCAUGGAUGGAGCACCUGUGAGAGGGGAAUCCAUCCCCAUCCGGCUCUUUCUGGCUGGGUACGAGCUGACUCCCACCAUGAGAGACAUCAACAAGAAGUUCUCAGUGCGGUAUUACCUGAAUCUGGUGCUGAUUGAUGAAGAGGAGCGGCGCUACUUCAAACAGCAGGAAGUGGUGUUAUGGCGGAAAGGGGACAUUGUACGAAAAAGUAUGUCUCACCAGGCAGCCAUUGCCUCCCAGCGCUUCGAGGGCACGUCUUCCCACCCUGAAGCCCGGACCCCCGGCCAGCUGUCUGACAACAACAGCCGGCAGUGAGGCUGCUGGGCUUUGCCCCUCACCCACCCACACCAGCUGCUCAAGGGGAAGGGGGGAGGGGAGCGUGAUGCUCUGCAGAUACUUUACACACAACCUGAGAAAACAAAAACAAAUUCCAUGUAUGACUUUAAUUCUUUCUCUGAAGAACCUGAAGGGGACAGGUAUAGAAGCAUUCCCCUAAAACUCUGCCUGCAGUCCCAGGGAAGCUUGGAGAGCUUUAGAACCCAAGGGCUGACUUAGGGCAGGGGGUGGAGUCUAUCCCCCAAAGAUAACCAAUCCCUAGGGUGAAGGAUCCUGCCCUUGGCAGGAAGGCUAUUGGACCAAAAGCAUCUUAGAGCAAAAGGUGGUCUGUGUAUUGAGUAGAAUGUUGGCAGGGUCUUACCUGUCCUUUGGCCCUUCACUGUCUGAGCUUCCCAAGCCAAGGGGCUAGGAGUGUAACUGGGAUCUUCAUUGGCAGAUGCGGAUCUUGGAUGGUCCCAGUUAGACCAUCCCCUUCUUCUAUCCCCAAAAAUGUGAUAGGAAGUAGGUCUAGGCAGGCAAAGCCCAGACUGGGCAAGAAUAAUUCAAGAUCAGGAAUCUACCUCUUUGGGAGUGGGAGUCUAGGAUGUGGUGGUAUGACACCACAAGAGGAGCCAUCUCUUCUUCCCUGGGCCCAGUCUAUUCCCCCUCUCAAAAAAAAAAAAAAUUCCAGUGAUGAGACAUAGAUACUCUACUUCCACCACAUGCUUCCUUCAUGCUUAAAUUAUAAUCAUCCUCAGUCAUGGAACGGAAGCCUGAGCAAAGGAACGACAGAGCCACACCCUGGAAAGAGAAGGUCCUCUAGGGGCAGUUGUGGGCAGCAACACUUAGCAAAUAUGAGACUUCUGAGCCAUGCCUAUAGGGAUGGGAUCAAGUCUUUCAGACAAGGCAGUCUGCUCCUGGAAUACUGAGCUCUCUGGCUUCUCCAGCUUCUUGUGUGGACACUGACACUUUAGGGGUCAGAGGUCCUCCAAGUCUGGGAAACUGGGUUUUCCUUUAAGCCCUAAGCAAAAGGUCCUACUUGCCUCAAAGGGAAAUGAGAGAAAGCGGAGCCUUGGCCAGUGCUUCCCCCAAAGCCAAUCCCUACCCCACCCCAAGCCACCUCCUGCCUUUCAGGGAUAUAGGGGCAUGACUUUGAACCCCUGAAGAUCUCCCUGUUGCAACUACCCCAGACCCUUUAGAAUCUAGUCCCCUAUUUGUAAGAAAAGGAAAUGACAUGAGGGCGUCCAAAGAGGACGAUGGCUGUCCUGACUUCUAAGUAAUUCUGCUUGCCAAAUGGAAUCUUCAUCUUUACCAGAUGAAGGCCCAGAGUCUGGGGAAGGCUAUUGCUGUUUUGCCUAUUUAAAAACAAUCUCAUCUGGAUGUUUUUGUGAUAUAAAGGGAAGAGAGCCAUUCCCCUUUUUGUGACUCUGUGCUCUGGAGAGCAGAAGCGCCCAUCUGGAGACGAGUAAUGGUCAACUUUUCUCAGCGAAAACCCCCAACUCCUCAUAGAAUCGGAGUUAACGAACGCCCAUGGGUAAAGUCUCCCUUGGUUGCCCUGGAUCAUGGGAAGAUGAAUGUCGUACUAAGGAGGAUCUUGACUGCUUCAGAGCACAGAGUUAGGACUUCCAGUGUGCCUACCUGCUAAUAGCUGGCAGCCCCCUUCUGUAACCUAACAUGUCAUUUUCUCUACUUUCCCCAGUGAUGUGCAGAUCUUUCCUGACUUUACUGAUUUGUCAAUUAUAAGAUUUUCUUAUGGAAGGGGAGAGAGAACCCAUUAUGGCUCUCUCAUGGGCAAGACUCUUACACCAGAUCUUUACUUUUCACUUUCUGGUUUCCCCUCUCUCCCCCCACUUUCCUUCUCCCUUCUCCAACUGUCACUGCGAGGGUAGCCCACCUCCACUUUUCCCAUGCCCUCAUCCUGGGGAGUGCAUAGGUACUAAACCAAGCAGUGCAACUUGUAAUUAAGCAGCUGCAGUGUUUACAUGUUUCUUAAUUUGUUGUCUUUUCAAUGGCUGUAUUUUAAAAAAACAAAAAACAAAAAAAAACUUGUUUUAAUUGUCUCUCUGAUUAAAGGGAGCCAUUGUGGCUCCAGAGACCACGUGCUCAUGGAGUGUGA